UAAUUAUUAUGAAAAGACCAGAAUAUCCUCUUCAUACGCUGUCUUCAAUGGCAUUGUUCGUUUAUUUAGCGUAUCAAUACAUCCGCGGUAAUGAUCCCGACAAAUUUAUAGACUUGCAAUUAUUUAAACCAAUUAACGAA